AUGUUGAGCACGAUAGUCCCGCUUUGCCUAUUGCUAGCUCUAGUGGCAAGCCAGGGAUUCCAGGAUCACGAGGAGCUGCGCCAGUUCUUCGGAUUCGAAAUUGCUGACAACCAAAUGGUCCAACUUGCGCCGCCAACCCCGAGAACUCGACCGCUGUCUACCGAACAAAAUCGUGGCCAUGCCAUGCCGCCCGUUAUCGGCACCAGUCUGACCUGUUUCUGUCGCUACCCCUUUAAAACCGCCCCCCUUACCUACACCCCCCAGCUUUUCCAGUUCAACAAUCGACACGGCAAACGCGUACUUGGGAUCUCCAGGCGAAAACCGGAAGUGGAGCUGCGCGAUCGGCUU